ACCCCGGCAGCCCUGGACACCGGCUAGAGAGGAGCGAGUUACAGGGACGAGGAGAGCUGAGCUACCAGGAGGGCCCCGCGACCCCACCCAAGUUGGGGAGCGAGCCCGGAGGGCGGUGGCCGACGCUCCACGCCUCCCCUCGCCACGCCCGCAGCCCCCGGUCCGCGCGCGCCCACCGGGCCUGGUGCCCGAGUCCCACCCCUCCGGGGUCCAGGCCAAUCGGCCGCGCCCCGCCUCCUGGGAGGUGGUGGAAGAGGGGGUUGGGGGUCGGGAGGCAGUGCCCGCCUUCGGCGGGUGCCCAUUGGCUGAGACCUCGAGGGUGCCCGGAGACCGGAGUGCAGCUGGAUUGGCCGCGGAGGCUGGUGACAGCAGCGCUCAUUGGCUGUGGCGGCCCCCGUGACGCGGGGUGGCGACUGGCUCCCGUGUCUGAGGGGCUCCUGCUUGUCAGGUUCUAGCUCAUGUUUUCUGCCUAGACAUAUGAUCAUUCCCAUGAGACUUCACUGCACGUUUUCUCAAGUGUCUUCCUCAUCCCUAAUGUGUAAUCCUUCAACAUGGACCUGCUACUUUAGCUAAGAUAUGACCAGCAACGAAUAGUAGUAAGAUAUGUGCUGAUUAGACGGCUCAAUUGUGCAGUGUGGAGGAUAAGACAGUGCCUUACAAAAAUGGGGUUUGGGAGUGACCUGAAGAAUUCACAUGAAGCUGUGUUAAAAUUGCAAGACUGGGAAUUACGGUUACUGGAAACAGUGAAGAAAUUUAUGGCUCUGAGAAUAAAAAGUGAUAAAGAAUAUGCAUCUACUUUACAGAACCUUUGUAAUCAAGUUGAUAAGGAAAGUACUAUCCAAAUGAAUUAUGUCAGCAAUGUAUCCAAGUCUUGGCUACUUAUGAUUCAGCAGACGGAACAACUUAGUAGGAUAAUGAAGACACAUGCAGAGGACCUAAAUUCUGGGCCCUUACACAGGCUCACCAUGAUGAUCAAAGACAAGCAGCAGGUGAAGAAGAGUUAUAUAGGUGUUCAUCAGCAGAUAGAGGCAGAGAUGAUCAAGGUCACAAAGACAGAAUUAGAGAAAUUAAAAACAAGUUAUAGACAAUUAAUAAAAGAAAUGAAUUCUGCCAAAGAGAAAUAUAAAGAAGCUGUAGCUAAAGGGAAAGAAACUGAAAAGGCUAAGGAACGUUACGACAAAGCCACAAUGAAACUUCAUAUGUUGCAUAAUCAGUAUGUAUUGGCAUUGAAAGGGGCGCAGCUUCAUCAGAAUCAGUAUUAUGACACUACACUUCCUCUGCUUUUGGAUUCCUUACAAAAGAUGCAAGAAGAAAUGAUAAAAGCACUGAAAGGUAUAUUUGAUGAAUACAGCCAGAUAACCAGUCUUGUUACAGAGGAAAUAGUGAAUGUCCAUAAAGAGAUUCAAAUGUCUGUUGAACAGAUAGACCCUGGCACAGAAUACAAUAAUUUCAUAGAUGUUCACAGAACGACGGCUGCUAAGGAGCAAGAAAUUGAGUUUGAUACUUCCUUACUAGAAGACAAUGAAAAUCUACAGGCAAAUGAGAUUAUGUGGAAUAAUUUAACAGCAGAAAGUUUGCAAGUAAUGUUGAAAACUUUAGCAGAGGAACUUAUACAGACACAGCAGAUGCUUUUAAAUAAGGAGGAAGCUGUCCUGGAGCUAGAGAAGAGGAUUGAGGAAUCUUCUAAGACCUACGAAAAGAAGUCUGAUAUUGUACUUCUGCUAAGCCAAAAACAGACACUUGAAGAGCUAAAACAGUCGGUCCAGCAGCUGAGAUGCACUGAAGCAAAGUUUACAGCACAGAAAGAAUUGCUAGAGCAAAAAGUGCAAGAAAAUGAUGGGAAAGAGCCACCUCCAGUAGUAAAUUAUGAAGAAGAUGCACGAUCAGUUACAUCUAUGGAAAGAAAGGAGAGGCUAUCCAAAUUUGAGUCUAUUCGUCAUUCAAUUGCUGGAAUCAUUAGGUCUCCAAAGUCUGCACUGGGCUCUUCAACAUUCUGUGAUACGAUCCCCAUAAUUGAGAAGCCUCUGGCAGAACAGGAUUGGUACCAUGGUGCAAUUCCCAGAAUAGAAGCGCAAGAUCUGUUAAAACAACAAGGAGACUUCUUGGUGCGAGAGAGUCAUGGGAAACCUGGUGAAUAUGUCCUUUCUGUAUUUUCUGAUGGACAAAGGAGACACUUUAUCAUACAAUUUGUUGAUAACAUGUAUCGUUUUGAAGGCACUGGGUUUUCAAAUAUCCCUCAACUUAUAGACCAUCACUAUACAACAAAACAGGUCAUCACUAAGAAAUCAGGUGUAGUUCUGCUGAAUCCUAUUCCUAAGGAUAAGAAAUGGGUUCUCAAUCAUGAAGAUGUCACAUUGGGAGAAUUACUGGGCAAGGGAAAUUUUGGUGAAGUAUUUAAGGGCAUAUUAAAGGAUAAAACUGCUGUUGCUGUUAAAACGUGUAAAGAAGAUCUUCCUCAGGAACUGAAAAUAAAAUUUUUACAAGAAGCUAAAAUUCUCAAGCAAUAUGAUCAUCCCAAUAUUGUCAAACUUAUAGGAGUUUGCACACAAAGACAGCCUAUCUACAUAAUUAUGGAACUGGUUCCAGGAGGUGAUUUCCUCUCCUUUCUGAGAAAGAAGAAGGAUGAUAUAAAACUCAAACAAUUAGUGAAAUUUUCAUUAGAUGCUGCUUCUGGUAUGGCCUAUCUUGAGAGUAAAAACUGUAUACACAGGGAUCUUGCUGCAAGAAACUGUCUGGUAGGUGAAAAUAAUGUUCUGAAAAUCAGUGACUUUGGAAUGUCUCGUCAAGAGGAUGGUGGGGUGUAUUCAUCUUCUGGCUUAAAGCAGAUUCCCAUUAAAUGGACAGCACCAGAAGCUCUUAAUUAUGGGAGAUACAGCUCUGAGAGUGAUGUGUGGAGCUUUGGCAUCCUCCUCUGGGAGACCUUCAGCUUAGGGGUCUGCCCAUACCCUGGAAUGACAAAUCAACAAGCUCGGGAACAAGUGGAAAGAGGAUACCGAAUGUCAGCCCCUCAGCAUUGCCCAGAGGACAUUUUUAAAAUUAUGAUGAAGUGUUGGGAUUAUAAACCUGAAAACCGCCCCAAGUUCACUGAACUUCAGAAAGAGCUCACUGUCAUCAAGAAGAAAAUCACAUAAUGACAGAACAGUGCAAACUCAGCCUCCAGGACUUGGUCCUCCAGCAGAGUAAUAUUGUUCUUCUCGUUAACAGUGAGUUUAUACCACGUUAUGUGCAACAGUCUUCUAAGGUUAUUUUUUUUUAAUUAACUUUUUAAAAUAUGUGCCGUUAAAAAAAAGUCAAAGGCAAAUGCAUUCAAGAAACAGGUAGUCCUACCAAGGGCUUUCUUAGCUCACCACAGCAAUCCUGCCAUUUCAGCCCUUUGUAAAUAGAAAAGCACAGGCUCUAAAUGUGAGGGGGAACCAAUCCAUCUUUUUCACACCAGGACCAUCGAUGUUUCUCAGAGAUUUUUUUACUUCAGACCCAGUUCACGGCUGCUGUCCCAUGCCACAGACCCUACUCGAUUGGUGCUAUCAGCUGCAUUGGUAAUGCCAUGUCUGCAGGACACAUUCCAACCAAAGUUGGCUUUCUGCUCUGCCAAGGCAAGAGUGUAUUUGUAAGCAUCAUUUUAUAUUGAGAAUUAUUUAGACCUUCUAGGGGUUUUCUUUCCUUUCUCGCCAGAAAUAAGCACAGUGUAAGAAUCCUCACAUUCCUGUCUUAUUGGUAAAGCUGUUGUUUCCCUCCCCUUUUGUCCAGGCAUCAUUUUCUGAUGCCUGGAAUGUCCUCAAAGAGCUCUUAAUUGAGGCCACAGCCUUUAAAGAAUGUUUCAGACAUCUGUGACGGCAAGAAGUAAGUUGGAACAGGAGGACGGUCUGGAGAAAGGGGCAGCUAAAGUCAUCAUCAAAGAGAAGGAAAGGAAAAUAGAAAAUCUGCCUUCUUACCAGAGUUAUGCCUUUACACACACACACACACACGCUUUAUUUUAUGGUCUGAUUCAUGAAAAAGGUUCUAAGAAAUGUUUUCAGGAGUUCACAGAUAGAGCCUUCUUGUCAACAAAAAAUUCUUUAGAGAAAUUCCAAAGCAUGAGUCUACAGAAAUAACAGCAUAAUUUUAAGUACCUUCAUUUGAGAGGAGACAUCCCAGAAUUUAAUUCUGUUCAUUUGUGCCAGUUUCCAGAGCUGUCAGAAUUUCAUGAUUCUAGUUCAUAAACACAUCCAUGUGUGUACACACAUGGGCAUGCGCCCCCCACACAGACACACAGACACACACACGCACAUAAUACCGAGAAAACUGGCAGGUAUGAAUGGAGUAAAUUGGUUAAGAAGUCAAAUGAACAUUAUUAAGGAAAAAGCUAUAGAGAUAGCCCUCCUUUGUCCACUUUCCCCCUUCAUUUACUCUUAUACUGCUACCUGAAAAUUCUUAUCAUUAGCCGACCCAUAUAUGAGCACAGUUUGGAGAUGCUUCAUAUGAAUAAAAUGUAAAAGUUUAAACUAGGAUUGUCUUUAGCUGAAUCUUAGCUUCAUCCAGGGAACUUACCCCAUGGUCUGUAUAUAGUUGCCUCUCAGGAUAAAUAUGUGUGUAAGAGAUGGUCACGCUCAGGGGUAAAUGUGGCCUGGGAGCUUUUAAUAAGUGCUCAGGCCUGUGUCCAAAUAGCACAGUAGUGAUUAUUUGGUCUACAUUCAUUGGAAGAGCUUAUGGGAUAGAAAAUUCCUCCUGCCCCCUCCACCUAUUUGCUGCCUAGGAAUAUCACUGCACACAACUCACACCCAGUACUACUUUCAAGAGUAAACAGGAUAAUACUGAGGAGAAAAAUGGCUUGUGUCUACCACUUCAAUCUCCUUGAGGUUUCAUACACAUUUAAUGAUUACCACAUCCAGACAAAAAUGAAAGCAUAAUAAACUUGCCCGCAAAAAUAUUGCAAUAUACAAAGUAACUCUUUUUUAAUCAGCAUUGUUUCCCUUCUGUCAAAUAUUAUGAGUAAAAUGAAACCUUCUUUUGAUGGCAUAUACUGUGGUAAAUCAAAGCACAGACUCAUGAAUUAAGAUUAAGAGCUCUGGUCUUCAGGCACUUGCCAGCCUUCAAAAGCAAGAAUAAAAUGGGGACAUUUCCACCCUUUGUCAGUAUUUCCAAGUGCAUCUCUCUGUAAUAUUCUUUGUUUAAAGAAAACAGCCUCCCAUCACUUAGCAGCCCCACUGCUAAGCUCUCAGCAAAGAGACAGAAUGAUGGUUUGGGCUUUAAUUUUGUGAACAAGACCUGAAGCUUAAUCAUUGCACUCUGGUGUAAAGAACGAACAUGGCAUUGAUAUUUCACUCAUCCAGGCUGUUAGAAUUUGCAGUUCGCAUCGUAACUGUGUGCUUAAAUUAAAGAAGCUUUUCAAAACAUCGUGACAUCUGCAGCAUUUAAAUUCUAUUUUAUUCUUUGUCCCAAAGCAGGCAGUGGUACAGUUCAGGAUUAAUAACUCAUCAGGAGUCUUUCAGGAUCAUAUCAGUUAUAUAGAAUAUUAAAUUUAAUAUAGGCACAUGCAUUAAGAAAAACUUAUGCAGACUAUUUUUUACUGUUAACUUUGUUGUGCUUGAAGCAUAAUUUAUUCAUCCCUUCUGUCACUGAUAAUUAUUGGAAUUAUGUACUUUAGGAGGCUAAUCCAUACCCAAAAAGCAUACACACAAAUUCUCCUCUGAAUUUGCAAGCUGAUAUAGGCAAAGAAGGUUUCAGAGACACAUAAAAUCCUAUGACUUGUUUAGUAAGAAAAUAGUAACCAAAAUUUUAGCAACCAAAAUUGCCACUGGUCUGAAUGUAAUUCAGCCAGGUCACAAAUCUUUGUGUUGUUAAUGGAUUUUUCACACGUUGCAUCUGUUACUCCUAUGUAGUUUCUGUCAUAAUUCCUUAAAUUUAUGAAUAUGGAGUGGGGGGGUGGGGCGGGUAAGCCCAGGCAGCCUGACUGUCGCCUGCAUUUUUCUAUCUUGAAUCGCCAAGGAGCCUUUAUGAGAAAUAUUUAAGUAGUUCAUCAUUUUUCAAGGAAAGAAAUCUUUUAUUGUCACAUUAACAUUUAUUACCGACAUGUGAAACCUAAAAUUAUUUUGCACUCCAUGUAACCUAAGGUUACUUCCCAAAGCCAACAUAUUCUUUCUCUUCUAGGAAAUAAUAAUAAAGGAUGAAUAGGUUUUGUUUAGACUUUCAAAACCAGAGGUUUCAUUUUAGUCCAUCCUGCCACUAGGUCCCCAGCGAAAGGUCUUAUGUAAUCAUUUCUCUCAUCUCCCAAAUUUAAUAUAGUUAAUAAAAUUCUUCAUCCAUAAUUCACCAUUUCAUCACACAUAUGAUAGUACUGAAACCUGUUACUAGCACACCAGUGUAGAACCUGAGUCUAAUUGCUUCAGCCAAUUUUCAGCACACAUUUCACAACUGUUUUUCAUUUGAGGGUUGUUUUAAAAGAAAAGAAAAUGUUUAGUCAUUGAAAUAGUCUUAAUUUCCUUUAAACCAUGGUAUGGUUUUCUUGUCUGUGUUAUACUCAUUGUUUCAGUUUUGCCAUAUAGUUUUAUAUAAAGUUUGGCUAAUACCACUAAAAUAACCGUGGCUUCACAAUACUGGUAUGACUUGUGUCAAGAAGAAAGUGUUUUAAUUAUAAUAUAUGCCACACACUGAGGAUCUUGUAGUGGGAUAAACAUAAAAAUGAGAACGCAAAAAUACAUGUCUAGGUCGUAUGUUACUGUCGUUCGGUUACCUCAGUCACACUACUUUCCAGUUCACUCAUCAGAUGUUCUAAAAAUGUACCUGAAAACCUUCCUUAGUAUACUCUAUGGACACUGUUCUGUGGCUGUGUGUCUUUUGACGUGAGAUCAGUUGAUACUUUCUGAAAAGAGGGUUUGUUUGUUUGUUUGUUUGUUUGCCUCAACCCUCUUUUUACAUAUACGUACCCCCCCCAUCACACCAUUGGUAUUUUAGUUGUUUCUUAUCAACAGAAUUGAUUGUCCAUAAACACUAUUCUGAGUCAUGUAAAGACUGACUUUUGUAUUUAGGAGGUCAGAGCCCUCACACAAAACAGAGAAUAAUGCAAAAUACAAAGAACAAAAAGGGACAGACAAUUGAAAAAGACAUGGUUUCUUUAUGUAUUAAUAUGUUAAUUAAAACAAAGAUUUUAUAUGAAAAUGAGUUUAUAUUACAGUUCCAUUACACUAUUAAGUUAGCAUGAAAGUUUACCAUUAAAAUAAAGUGUUACCUCUUUUAUUACUAACUCUGAUUUGCUUAUACGUACCAGAAAUUUUUUAUUAAAUAUUUUAGUUUUAUUUAUUUUCCUCUGUUUUGAUUAGUUUCAUAUCAAGUCUGAAUAAUAUAUUAUUUGGGAAGAUCCAGAACUACGUAUUAAUUUCUGCCAAAGAAAA